UACUGAAAGGACAGUUUGUUAUCACAAUCCAGCUAUAUCCUAUUACGGGUAGGGAAACUUGCCUUCGAGCUUCCACAAAAGCAGGUUUCAUCCUCGCGAUAUCGUCAUGUCCUUUGUCGCCAUCGCUUUCAUCGGGGCAGUACUUGCGUUAUGGAUUGCCUUUAAGUUCCUUGUGCCUAGAGGCCGGGUAGGAAACUACAACAACAAGUAUGUUCUUAUAACUGGCUGUGAUACAGGAUUUGGACGGGACACCGCCAUUCGCUUAGAUCAAAUGGGAUUUAAUGUGUUUGGCGCUUGUCUCACUGACAAAGGAAUAAAGAGUCUAAAGGAAGCUUGUAGUGGAAGACUAGUGGCGUUUUUGAUGGAUGUUACCAAGCACGAACAGAUAGAAGCAGCGUACGCUAAAGUAAAGAGCUGUUUGCCGCCUGAUACGGGUCUAUGGGCGUUAGAUAAUAAUGCGGGGUACAUGGGCCUUGGUCCACUGGAGUGGUUCACUAUGGACGAUUACAAGAUGCAAGCCGACAUCAACUUGUGGGGGCUGAUUGAUGUGACAAAGACCUUUCUACCACUUAUCAAGGUCGCUAAAGGUCGCGUGGUUAAUUUCUCUAGCAUUGCAGGUGUGGUCACCCCUGCUCUCCGUGCUGCCUAUAGCGUCACUAAGUACGGCGUAGAGUCGUUUUCUGACGCCCUUCGGCGCGAGAUGGCUCCGUACGGAAUCCGAGUCAGCAUCAUUCAGCCCAUGCCUUUCAAGACAGCGCUGUGGGCAGGGAUGGCGGAGCGCAAACUGAUGUCACUUUGGGACAAUUUGAGCGAGGAGAUGAAGCAGGAGUAUGGUAUUGAGUACAGAGACAAAGUUUGCCAGAGCUUCGAGAAGAACUUUAACAACGCAUCGGCCGAGACCCACCUCGUGAUAGAUGACGUCAUAGAUGCUAUCACGUCAUGUGACCCGCAGACGCGCUACAGGGUCGGUACUUUCACCAAAGUCUUCACCUUUCUUGCAUCGCUUCCUACUGCCGUGCUAGACACAGUCUACCAGAUUAGAAGCCCGGUCGCCGUACCACAGGGAGCCAAGAACUCAAAGUAAUAUCGUACCGUGAUGGUGUUAAUUAACGAGUGGGCUUCGUGGAGCAUGGAGCUUUAUUCUAAACUACAAAAAAAUUUUUUUAACAUCCCUGGUUUUAGUAGUUUGUAUAUGUCCCCGAUAUCAGGGAUCUUACGCCAAGGGAAGUCAACCGUGACGAUUGCUAACCCAGUCAGUCAUGUGGCUCUCAGACUAUGUGCAAAAAUAAAUUGGAACACCGUUUUGUUAUCGAGACAAUAAUGUAAACAUGUUUUCAAAUAAAUGAAUAAAAAUGUCGCUUUUGAUUGUGA